UGUGCACGGACAAGCAUUAGGGUGUCCUGGAGACGCGGUCCCCACUUCCGGAAUCUUGAAGUAUGGUUGGAAAAGUGAAGCGUGCUCGGCAGAAACUGCACCAAGCUGCGGUGCGGCCAGCUGUUUCCGAGGAGUUACCUCCAGCUCCAGCCUACCAAGCUCCCAAUGCGGAGGAGCUGCCUGGAUCAUUGGGCUGGAGCAAGCAGGUUGGGGGGAAGGAUUGGAAUUUUCUAUCCUCUGAUAUAUUUGCAACAACCAAGAUUGAUCUUCAGAAUGUGACAAAAACAUUGGAAGAAGACAGACAAAGUGUAGUCUCUGCUAAAAAAGAAAAGAAAGCAUUAGUACCCAAGAAGGAAAAGGCUAAGCAAAGACGGGAGCAAUGGCUGCAGAAAAUCGAAUCUUUGGCUUUGGCUCGACAGAAACUAAAAGCCCAAGUCAAGAGGAAAGCUACACCUAUAGUUGGGGACAUGCAGCCGCUUGUGGACGCACUGCCAGAACUUUCAGAAUUAACCACAGUUCGCAAGCCGAGAGCCCCCAGAAAGCAGCCGAACGCAGCGGUGAAGAAGAAGCCAGAGCCAACAGACUAUACCAAAAUGAAGCAGGCACAGAAGCGCAAGAUCAUAGAGGAAGAAGUAUCCCGGGUUCAAGAACUGAUGAAAAACCCUUCCUUCAAAGCCAAUCCUCUGGCCGCUGUGGGACAGCACCUUAUGAAACGUAUGAGAGAAGAGCAAGAGGGUAACCCAGGCUAAAUCAUCAAGAGUUUGGAGCUUUAAGAAUGGACAGCUAAUCUCGUGAAUGACCAACUGCAUAGCUCUGAUACAUUAUGGAGUACUUGUAAUUGUAUUUCAAAGUUUGUUUUCUCAUUGGAGAUUGCAUUUCCAAGCUACAAACCCCCUAUACUCCAGUCUCUGUCAGAACUUCAUUCUUCCUAAACUGACAAUAGGAUAACCCUGAACACUGAAUUUUUUCUGUGCCUUUGUCAAGCUCUUGCAAUGCCUGUGACAAAAACUAUGUGAUAAAUGUUAUUUACAACCUAUGAAAUAAAGCAUACCUCUUGGUCGGUGUAAAUAAUCACAACUAGCCUUCUUAUUGGAAUGGCUGAACCAUGGGCCAGUUACUCAAAAGCCAUCCCAAGUCAAUAUAUCCUUUUAAUGGGUGUGAAUAAUCACAGGUAAAUAUUGCAAUGUUACAAAUAUAUAUAUAAGUAAAAUAUCGUAUAUAUUUAACCCCAUCCAUGAAAAAUCCUGGAAAUACAGAUUCCACUUGUGUGAUGAAUCAAAAUCCAUAAACUGGUUUGAAAUAAUGUGUGCAAGGUUUAUAAGUUUAAUGAAAUGUAUUUGAAUUGUGUAAUGUGUGCUUCAUUAAGGCAACUUGUUAAAUAAACCAUUUGUUUAAGUUUCUGCA